AUGGACCAAAUCAUCCUCAGUUUCAAUGAGUUGAACCUCAAUGAGACCCAAAUCGGUCUUCAAAAUGAGAAAGCUCCAUACCAAGAACAAAUUGCUCCAGCUGACACCAUUGCGAUGCACCCAAUCGGCCUUGUCGACAAUACAAAUCUAUCAUCCCCUUCAUCGAGUUCUCCACCAAAGCCCUCAUCCACCUCAAGCACCUCACACACUGAAGGGUCACCUUCACCAUCCUCCCAUAAGCUGACCACACUGCUGAAUACCCUUCUCACAGAAUCCGAGUACCUAACACACCUCAACCUCUGUCGCGUCCGCCAAAUCGCUCGAUCAACAGAAAAAGCAGCAGCACUGGUAGGAAAGUUCCUAUACAGCAACAAAUGCUUCCAACACGAACUAGAGGCUGCCUUCCUAGGCCCUUACCGCGAUGCCCAGCGCGGACGAACAGCCCCGUUAAACAUGCUUGUUCCAAUCCACGGAUGGCCGGGUGAUGAACCAGAUGUGAUUACCGGCGCAAUCCUGGACAAUUGUCCUGAAUGCUUCGAAUGGAUUUGCAGACGACUUCCGACUAUGGACUGCUAUGGAUGCAAUCUGUUUGGGUGGAGCUAUGUUGCCAUUGCUGUUUAUGCUCGUUCGGUUGACAUACUCGAGUAUCUAUUUGCGUGGAAUGAGCCUGUUGGAUCGAUGGAAAGGAUGAUGUGUAUCCGGGCAAAUGCGUUUCAGAUGAGUGCUACUCCGACGCCUUUGUCUUUUGCGGCGUGGAGAGGAGAUGUGUGGUUCUUGGAAUUCUUACUUGAUUUUUGGAGGCCUCAUGAGAGUGGCAGGUUGGAGAGCAAGACCCUGAAUGGUCUGUCUUCGGUGGAUAAGUAUUAUUUUUGCACAUUCGCUACUAAAGAUGUAGCUGUUCAACUUGCUCGGGUUGGAUUGCCUAUCCAUAAUACUGUUCUUCCCGAUCUAGAUCGACCCCUUGUCUCUCUUACCAGAUCUGCGACGUCGUGGCAUGCGGCUGUGUUUAACGGGCCUAUCUUUUUGAAUUCUCUGGAGAGGAAUUCGAAUGUUUCCAAAUUUGCCUUGGAUGCUAACGGUGAAUCUCCUCUUCAUUUUGCAAUGCGAGCUAGACGAGUUGACUCUAUAGCCUGGCUGACGAAACAUGGUGGUUCACCUUGGACAUCUUCACCAUCAGAAUGA